GUGCCCCCCUCUCUCUUACUCGCCCAAUCUAUUAGCCAGCUGCAGAAAACUCAGAGCAUCGCCUUUUUUUUCCUUUUUCUACCAUUCCCAGAGUAUUGGUUCCACGCCGACCCUACGACAAAACUGAAAUUCCGAAAACAAACACCAUGUCUUCUGAAUACAUACGGAUGGGCCGUGGCGGUGCUGGAAACAUGAUUUCCAGGGAGGAGAUUCAGAAAAAAGUAUGGUAGAAAACAAAUACCUCGGUAAUGAUCGGGCUACCCAGCCCCAUGCCUCCAGGAAAGGAGCGAUUGUGAAAAGGGGUAGGCUGUUUAGGGCUGAGGCUAAAGCCCAUGUCAUGAUAUAGGAAGAGGACCUGGAAGCUCAACAAUCGGAAGCAACGGGUUCAGCAAACCAGCUUGCUGCAGACCAGGCAGCUGCCCCUCCGCCGGGCGAAUACAAACACAUGUAACUAACCCCUUACCCUAGCGGCAGACCCCACCACCUCCCCGCUACCCCACACUUACCUCACAUGACCAAACGCAUGGCAGGUCUAACCCCGGUCCCCCUCAAAGGCUAACGAACCCGUCAUGAACAAUUAGGGGCCGUGGAGGUGCCGGUAAUUGGUUCCAACCAUCAGAACUCGCAGCCCAAGGGGCCACCAUCACGGAUACUGUGUCGAUAACACCAACACCCGAGCCAGCAAUCGAAACUCAAAGGCCUGUGUCCCUACGGCCAUGGCGUGGCCGUGGAGGUGCCGGAAACUUUGCUCCGGACAGCGAAGAGGCACAGGCGGCUGAGAAGGAGGAAUUGGAGAGGAACCAGCGGCAGCAGCAGCUGGAGGAGGCGGACGUCAGGGCUAGUGUUGACUCCACGCUUUCAAAGCCGAGCCAAGCGCACUUGAAAACGGGGGAGAAGGGGUGGGACGUUACAGGGUGGAAGGAAGCUGGAUUGUAGAAGCGACUGAGGGGGUGGAAUGAGAGGGGGGGUUACGUUAGCAGGAGGGAUGAUUUUUUUGGAUUUCUUUGGAUGCGGGUAUUGGUGUUUCUCCAAAUAUAUUUAAAUAACGACUGGGGAGAGAUGGGGGGGUUGGGUGGAUGGAUUGUAAGAUCCGCGUUGACUUUCGAUUUUCACCCUUCUCUUUACAGAUUUUUUUCUUCACAAUCGGUCCUAAAGCAAAUCAAGGCAAAAAAAAAAGGGGGGGAGGCCUUUGCUUGUGCUUACACGCACAGUGCCGUACCAUACUUUUUUACACGAGGUUUGCUUUCCUUCACAUCCUCAUUCCAUUUUCACAUUGGUUUUUUUUUUCUUUUUACCUUUGAUUCUUUUCUAUCAAUCGUUUCCAGACGUAAUUUCAUGCCGCGCCGUGGUGGCGGCGGUGGAGGUG